UCUGUCUAGUGCUUGUGAUUUUUAUGAAAAUCGUUAAUAAUUUAUUGUCAAGAAAAUGUACUAGACUAACCAGAUUCUGAAAAAUAAGACAGCCAGCUAAAGGUAGCUGCAGCUGUGCUAACGCGCAAACAUUUUGACGGACUACCAGUGUGGCUAGCUAACGUUAUACAGUUGAUACGAGACCGACCAAGCAAUGCGUGUGUGUCCUCCACCGACUAGCUUCGCUAAUUAACUUUGUUGUGAUGUGACAUUUGCUCUCUUGUAAACUUCAGCUGCUUAGUGUGACAACUCCCUGGUUGUAAGUGGAUGCUACACUACAUAGUAUGGAGAACUCUACUAAAGAGGACUACAAGAUCCAGUCAUUUGACUUGGAGACUCAGAAACUGUUGAAAACGGCACUGAAAGAUCCCAGUGCAGUGGACCUGGAUAAGGUCUCCAAUGUCAUUGUGGACCAAUCUCUGAAGGACCAGCUCUUCAGCAAAGAAGCUGGACGCAUCUGUUACACUAUUGUUCAGGCGGAGGCCAAGCAGAACAAUGGCAGCGUGUUUCGGCGGAACCUUCUGAACCGCCUGCAGCAGGAGUUCAAGGCCCGGGAGGAGACACGGCUCCGCUCGCUGCAGGAGUGGGUUUGCUACGUCACCUUCAUCUGCAAUGUUUUUGACUACCUCAAGGUCAACAACAUGCCCAUGGUGGCUCUGGUACACCCUGUGUUUGACUGUUUGCUCAGACUGGCUCAACCUGAUGCUCUGAACAAUGAAGAGGAAGUGGACUGUCUGGUGCUGCAGCUGCACCGCAUCGGGGAUCAACUGGAGAAGAUGAACUACCAGCGGAUGGACGAGCUCUUCUUCCUGCUGCGGGAUGGCUUCCUGCUCCUGGAGGGGCUCAGCUCCAUGGGCCGGCUCCUUCUGCUGGAGAUCCUGGAGUUCCGGGCUGGUGGCUGGACGCUCAGUGACACGGCCCAGAAGUACUACUACAGUGAAGUCUCCGACUGACCUCGGAACGUGCACCGACGUAGGGGAGGAGGCCUGAGGGCAGUGUGUCUUGGGCUGCUUAGCUGGGUUGUUUUGGUGUGAGGAUGGUUAUGAAGCUGGCUGAAGCGGCCAAUAGACUAGCCACCAGACGACUAGGGUAUGUUCUUCUAGUUGGAGUAAUUGAUCUUCUAGUCGAUUGGAGUAAGAGAUCUUUUCCUUUUAACAUUUUUAAGUUUAAAUGUUUCUUUUAAGAAUCAAUUAUGAAUAAGGAGAAGGCAGGGGUUUGGGCAGUGGACUAUUAAGAUUGUUGAGAGUUGAGAAAGAAUAUACAUUUUUGUUCAAACUGCCACGUGGAAUGUGCAAUUGACAAAAAAAGGACAAAGAUUGUUGUUGCUAAGAUUUUUAUAUUUAGUUUGCAUUUGGUGCAUUUAGUACUUGACUGAAGUUCACAUUCCUCUUGAAGGCAGAUUUUCUUUUAAAUGCCUUUUAUUGCUUGACAUUCCAGAUUUCUGAAACAUUUAACAAUUUUCACUUGAGGCAUUGGAAUAACAUACCUGACAGACAAAUACAGAUUAUUGAAGGAGACUGAAGUACAUUGAUUUGGUUUUCUGAACCAUAUUUUAUGAUAUUUUAUUAUAUUUUUUGUAGUUUUAAAGGUGAAAUAGGAAGAAACUCAAGUUUUUUUGUUCUGAGUUGUUUGGGAACAGAGUCCCAAGCCACUUCUCAAUGGCAUAAGUUCAGCAAUUUUUUGAAGUGGUAUUGACAUUUCAGAGACAGUCUGGCCUUUACAUAUGAACACAGUUUUUCUGUGUAGGAAUGGAAACACAGCAUUGGACGAUGUUCAUAAUUUGAAUUGUGGACCAAGUUUUCAAAACCUUCAUGGCAGCAUUUCACUUAAGGUGGAUAUUGACAAUAAUUUCCUAUUUAAAAUGUACCAAUGGACCAUGGUUAGGCUAGGUUGGGAUAGGCUACACACAAGGGGUUUUCCAAUGGUGGUUUGUGCAACAAACCUUUCUGAAGCAACUUUGGUGAUACAACAGGUGCCAAUGUACUGACAGCAAUACACCCAAAUCAGGUCAAUGCUGGCAAAAAAACAUACAAUUUUACUGGUGUUUUUUAUACCCAAGAUUUCUUAUUUAUAGAGGUAUAUUUGGUGCUACAAAAUUGAAGAUGCAGUUAUCUUGUUUAGCUACUGUUUUAUUUGUGUACACUGCCACAAUACUGACUAUAUAAAUUAAAUAAGCAGAUAAUACUUUUUACAGAUUUUCUAAAAUGUUUUCUAAAAUGUACCUGAAGAUCCCACCAGCACUAACACUUUGUUGACAUGGAUGUUCCACAUAGUAGUUUGGAGUAUUGUUACUUUUCUGAUUUGAACAGUGUGCUGACAGCUGAACAGAGAUCAUCAAAGCAGUGCCUUUUGAUUCACUGCACACAGGCUUGGAACAAUUGCAGAGCU